AUGGGGGAAUGUAGACUAUUUAAACAGCCUCUACAGCCACAAGAUUCCCAGACCUCCACCACACUCAUUGAUGAUCCACUUCCCUCUAAAGCUAAGGAGCCCAUCCUGCAGAGCGGAGACCAAGAUGUUUACUCCCAAACUUCUGCCACCAUCACCCCAACUAUUAGCUUUGUCAAUGGUAAAAGUGAGAUAACAUUGGAGCCAAAAAGUGCUGAUGAAAAGGAGGUCCAAGAUACGGAGACAUGUGACUACGGCUGGCACAAGUUUCAGGGCCACUGCUACAAGUAUUUCCCCCACAGAAGAAACUGGGAUACAGCAGAGAGAGAGUGUCGCAUGCAUGGGGCUCAUCUCACCAGCAUUCUGUCCCAUGAGGAGCAACAAUUUGUCAACCGUCUUGGACAGGACUACCAGUGGAUCGGCCUGAAUGACAAGAUGUAUGACAGUGACUUCCGCUGGACUGAUGGCAGGCCCAUGCAAUAUGAAAACUGGAGGCCCAACCAGCCUGACAGCUUCUUCUCUUCUGGCGAGGACUGUGUGGUGAUGAUUUGGCAUGAAGACGGUCAAUGGAAUGAUGUUCCAUGCAACUACCACCUCACCUACACCUGCAAGAAGGGCACAGUGGCCUGUAGUCAGCCCCCUCUGGUGGAAAAUGCACGCACCUUUGGGAAGAAGCGUGAGAGAUAUGAGAUCAACUCACUGGUGAGAUACCAGUGCCGCAAGGGCUUUAUUCAGAGGCAUGUUCCAACUAUCCGUUGUCGUGGGAAUGGACAAUGGGAUAUUCCGAAAAUUAGCUGCAUGAACCCAUCAAACUAUCAGAGGACCUUUAUUAGACGACAUCAACACAGCAGUCUCUACAGCGUUAACAACUUCAAGAGAUGGCCGGAUGAGGCCUUCCGCUUACAGCUCUAUAGGGGAAGGAGAGACAGGACUGCACACAAGUGGAAAAGAAAGUGAUUGCCUUUAAACAUGGCACAGCUUCCCUGAGACGAGGACACAUGGUGAAUGUGGGUGUGGAAGAUAAAAGACGAUUCACAGGAAGCACAAGAGAAAACUCAUGAAAGAAACCAAGAGGAUGCAGUUUUCUUGCAUUUUGGAUGACGAUGGAGCCUUAUGAAGUGCCUUUUUAGUAGAGAUAUAUUAAUAAAGACUUUUAUUAUCAAAGGGCACUGUUUUUAUAACAAUGCCAAGGAGAAUCAGAUACUUUCAGCUGGCUACUGGAAAAUAAAAAAAAUACUCUAAUAACUCUUUCUAACUGCAGAAAGGCCUCUUUUCUGUUCUUAGCUUGAUAAAUAAUACAGCCAUGACUGUUAUUUUAUACCUUACUGCACUGACUGUGCUAUUUCAAAAUCACCGCAAGUGUUCCUUAUUAAUAGAAAAAAAAAGACAUUGUGAAAUUAUAGCGCUUAUUUUAUGUAAAGAAAUCCAUGAUGUUCUCAUGUUGUUUUAAGCUUGACUGUCUUUGGCUGUAACAAUCAUGCAUGUAUCUGUAUAUGCAUAUUGAAGUCCCAAAAUUUCUGACUGAUAAUUCUAUGUUGAGAGUUUCACAGUAGCCUCUCUAAACAUGCAUCAAUGGCAACAAUGGAUUAGACAAAGACUCACAGUGAACAUGUAUGCUUUCACAUCAUACAGCCUGUCAAACUUUGAUCCUUCAAAUCUUUCUCUAGUUUUCAAGCCUAAUCAGCAGAAAUACUAAUCCUCCCUAUUAAAUGUUGUUUCAUUGCUUUUGUAGUUCAAGUUCUUCAGAUUUCACUAAGAUGUACAUUGAAAUCUUGGGACACUUCACCAAAUCACUUGGUUGACUACAGUAGAUUUUCCUUGUUGUGGCAGCUCUCAAACUACAAAAUAACCCUCUUUCGUAAGCUCCAGCCUUCACUGGAUCAUUGAUUUCUUUUUAAGAUACUUGCUUGUGGAUAGAUUCACAUAAGAGAUUAAAAAAAAAACAGAAAAAAAACAGGAUAUAGCUUUUGUAUGCCAUUCAGCAAUUUGAUAUGAGAGUGCUUACUAAUUACUGACUGACAGGCUUUUAUCUGCCGAUGAACGUAGGUGUCUGUCAUUUUUUUAAAUGUAAGAAGGGAUUUGUGGCUCAAAUAGCCUGUAUUUUCUGAUUGUGUUUUUUUUAUUGCAUAUCCUUCACCAGCAUACUACAGAUUGUUAACAAUAACUGUAUUGCUAUACAUAGUAACCAACCAAAGACUCUUGCUCUUAUCUGUUGCGCUUUUGCUAGCCGGUGAUGAAUUUCCUCUGUAAACUUUACAUAUCUGUUUUAUGGUCAAUUGGAAUCAAGCAAUGAGAGAAUGUAUUUUAUGAAACAAUCAAAAAGACUUGAACGUAACGGCUGUUAAGGAAGACAUGCAUAUAAUUUAUUUUCAAGCUGCUCUUGAUCUCCUCACUUGGUUUAUACUUACAUGUAAAAUAUGAUGCUGUCAACUGGCCCAGCAGUGCUCUUCAUAUGUUUGUAUUGUAUGCACAACAGGAGACCGGCCACAAUCACAGACUGCUUAAAAGGGAAAAUGAUACAAUGAAUUUAUGUCGUUAUACACCUUCAAUGCCAACAGUGGACCAAAGAAUAUAGAGGGCCCUUUCGGCUGCAAUAACGGUCUGUAACUUUAACAAUUUUUUUUUCGACAUGU